AUGUCGAAGCAGGAGGUCCUCUACCAGGAACACGAUCCGGAGCACUUUCCUCCUCCGCCUAGCGAGACGGAGGGGCUCACUCUCGUGAAGGAUUGGACAGAGGCAGAAGAGCGCGCCGCGAAGCGCAAGCUCGAUCUUAUCAUCAUGCCGAUCCUGACGCUGGGCUUCUUUUGCCUGCAGCUCGACCGCGGGAACAUUGCGAAUGCGCUCACGGACAACUUCAUGAAAGACGUCGGCGUGAAUCAAGACCAGUUCAACGUUGGGCAGCAGAUGCUCUCGCUCGGCAUUGUACUGUUCGAAGUUCCCUCUAACAUGGCGCUGUACCGUGUCGGUCCCGCCAAGUGGCUCACGCUGCAGCUCUUCCUCUUCGGCAUUGUCAGCACCUUCCAAGCCUUCCAGCACGGGUACGGCGCUUUCAUUGCGACACGCUUCCUUCUCGGCAUCACCGAGAGCGGCUUCAUCCCCGGCGGUCUCUGGACACUGAGCACGUGGUACACGCGCACCGAGACUGCGAAGCGUGUCAUGUUCUUCUACUUUGGCAACCAGAUCGGCCAGGCGUCAUCCAAGCUCCUCGCCUACGGUAUCCUGCAUAUGCGCGGUGUCGCCGGCAAGCCGGGCUGGUUCUGGCUUUUCUUCCUCAUGGGUCUCUUCACCAUCGCGUCCGGUUUCAUCUACGGUUUCUUCCUUCCCGACAGUUUCAGCAAACCUGGGUCCGCCUUCCUCCCCCGCGUCUCCUACUUCUCCCAGCGGGAGCUCGAGAUCCUCCGCGCACGUGUUCUGCUCGACGACCCCGCCAAGGAAAAGAAGAAGAAGCACAUCUCGCUGAACGGCUUCAAGCGCGCGUUCGGUAACUGGCGUCUCUGGCUGCACUUCCUCAUCACGCUUUGCAACAAUGGUCCGCAGCGUGCUUUCGACACGUACUCCCCUUCCAUCGUCAACUCAUUCGGUUUCAAGAACCUCGAGAGCAACGCGCUGGCCUCGGUCGGAUUCUGGCUCCAGGUCCCCGUCUCCUUUAUCUUCUCCUGGGUCAGCGACCACUUCAACCGCCGCGGCGAGACCGUCAUUGCCGGCUUGGCGUGCCAUAUGACGGGCUACAUCUUCAACCGCGCCUUCACCGAGCUGCAGGGCCAGAGAGGCGUCAAGUACUUCGGUGUCGUGUGGACGCAGACCUUCGGCACCUUCUCCCACCCCCUCAACAUCGCCUGGAUGUCCCUGACCGCGAGGGACACGGAGGAGCGGGCCCUCGCCAUGGCGAUGGUCAUCAUGGGGGCGAAUACCGCGGGCAUCUACGGCGCGCAAAUCUUCCGCUCAGACGACAAGCCCAAGUAUCGCCGUGGCUUUAGCAUUGCCAUUGCGAUUCUCGCUUUCGGCCUCCUCCUCGCCGUGCUCAGGUACCUUGACAGCUUGCGCCAGCGCCGCAAGGCCAAGAAGCAGAGCGAGAUCGUCGAAGCCGAGCACGGCAACACCACCUCAUCGAGCGACGCUAGUAUCGCCAGCGACGAGAAGAAGCUGUAG